AGUCGCGUAGAACGUGCAGUAUGCUGUUGCUCUUAAGGGAAGGAACAACUCACGGUGCGUGGUUUAACUUGAUUCGAGUGGACAUUUCAAUUUGAAAUUGUCUAUGCGUCAGACGAUAUAGAAGUAGAAUAGCAACGCGUGGCUCGAUCGAUGAAACAAGAUGAUGGAAUAAUCGAAAGUUCGUAUACUACGCGUCUAUCCAUUAAACAUUCGUGUUCUAUUAUUAAAAACAAGAUAUAGCUCGAGUACGACUAAAGGUGAUUAUAGCAAAGAUAUUUCGAUCGUGACCUAGCAUAAUGAAAUUUCAUUUGUAUUUCAUUAAUAGUGUAAAUAUAGUAACUAGUGUAAUAGUGUAACUCCUAGUGACGAGUUACUCGACAAACGUCGUUUGUUCUUCGAGUUCGUGAAAGUUUCUGUAACAUUAUUGGAAUACAAAUUUUAUUUAAAUGUGACCAUACUCUUCACGUAAUAACGAGGCGAAUUCGUGAGAAUCCGGCACACGGUCAUUCUUGGAUUUCCAUAGCGAUUGUGCCCGAAAUUAGGAACGAUUUCUGUGAAAAAAGUGCCUCUUCACUCUUACCAUAAUAAUAUGUACACACCAUAAAAGAAAAUUCAAAGUGAUAAAUUCUUGUGUUUUGAAUGUUUUCCAACUUCCAUGUUUGAAUGGCAUCGCAAGGAUAUUUUUAUGUUCGAUCCCACAACGCGGAUUAACGCUCGGGGAACGAUAAGCUGUGCCAGAGACGACGAAGUGCGUGCAAAAGUGCAACUUUAGAAGUCUUCGAAUUCAAGGCGUAAACACAAAUAGACAGAACGGGAAAAAGAUGCUUCAAUUGCGGGUGAUCGUUGUUCUGCUGGUUUCGAUGUGCGUUGGCAGAGUCUCUCUACUGAAUGCGAGCAGAGAAGAACAUCCGAGCAAAGUGGACAUCAGAAACCUGAAGGAACCGACCGAUAUUUCGAGUAAUAGCAAUAGCAAAGCGACCACCUUAUCGAUAAAGGCGGCAGAAGAUAAUACGAGUAUAAAAACUGCGAACAAGACCAAUGAUUCUACACUAAUUAAUACAGCUAAUGCGGAUGUAAAUAUGACGGUAGAAAAAACAAUCGACGAGAAGGUGGAAGAUAAUGAGAAGCUAAAUAAUAGCAAGCAAAAUAAUGAGAAGCUAAAUAAUGACAAGCAGAAUAGUGAAAAACUGAAUAAUGAAGAGCAAAAUAGUGAGAAGUUAAAUAAAGAACAGGUAAAUAACGGAACGCAAAGUAACGAAAAGCAAAAUAGUGAAAAACAAAAUAGUGAAAAGCAAAAUAGUGAAAAACAAAAUAGUGAAAAGCAAAAUGAUAGGAAAGAAAACUAUACUUCUACGAAAGAAGCAGAGGAUAUGCUUCACUAUAGUCAGUACCCACGGGAUGACGAUGGUGAUUCGUUAAAUGCUACAGAAUCUACGGUAAAUAACACGACUAUUGCGGAUAAUAAGACUGAAUCCACUACACAGUCUCAGGUACCAAAAGUUAUUCCUCAUGAGAAAGAAAAAGAUGACGCGAAAGAUGGGGAAAUCACUGAAAAUAUUACGCAGACUACAACUGAAGUACAUCACGGUAUCGUAUCUUCUGACACAAAUCACACUAUCAAUACCAAUAAUUUCGAUGUUUCGAAUUCGACGGAUUCAAAAGAUACUACUAAUACUACUGAAGCAUCGUUUAAAGUAAAUGAGGUUAAGAGUAUAAGUUCUGAAGCUGCGACUUCUACUAAUAACAAACAUAUGUCUCCGGGAAUCAUAGCACUAGUUACUGCGAUCAGUUUUGCUGUAGUAAUUGCAUUGGUAUACAUUGGCAUGAUCGUUUGGAGGCGGUACAUCGAAUAUAGAUAUGGACACCGGGAGUUACUUGUUAAUGAACUAGAAUUUGAUACUAAUGAUUUGCGUCAUUUUGAGCUGUGAUUUCAACGAAAGUAGUAAUUUGCAGGGAAGAAAAACCGAAUGAUUCACAGCUAAGGCUGAUAUUAUGUAAAUAUUGAAGAUUCAUUGAUCUGUGAUACUAAGGACAUGCAUUGUGCCUGACAGUCAAGACACCAAAUAUAUUUGGAUAAUAUUAUACAGUUCUUGGGAUGUAAUUGUUUUAUAUACAUUAUGUAUACAAUCCACUUUUUUCAACACGUUGAUUGUUUUUUCCUUCUCCUGUAGAAAUUAGAAAUAGCGUUACUGUGCUAUAUUCUUGUAUAUUUUUCUGGUGAUAAUGCGAUGCGCAGAUCGUUGAAUAAAUGACGUAGCAUUUUAAGUAUCAACUAAAUGUUUUACAAACAGUUGAGGGUGCUAGAAUAUCUGUCAGUUUUCUUUGAUAUUACUGUAACGAUAUUCUUUCUUGUUUUGUAGUAUUUGGAACCAUUGAAAAAUGUAUACUAUAAACAAAAUUUUUGUAAUGUAGUAUUAUCUUCGUUUUCCACCUGUUUUUGUAAUAUGUACGACGAAUAUGUAAAUAAUUUUAGUUAAAUAAAUAAAUCGGUGGAAUAUUUUUUUUA